AUGCCGGAACUGUCUCAGAAGGGUGUAGGCAACCUGAGCGCAGGGCAACUAAAACGAACGUACAGCGCAAGUCAUCGCCCUCCCAUCACACCACGUAAUUCGAUCGAAACCUCCCACCACCCCCUGGAGUCUUAUCCCUUUGGGCCAGAACAAAUCUCAGGCCACGAUACAAACUUGGAACUUCCUCAAGACAAGCUUGCCGCAGUCGAUCUCCUUGUCCGCCUUCUCGUCGACAUCCUGGUAUACAGCUAUGACGUCGACUUUCAUGAGCUCCAUUAUGCGCUCGCUGCAUGUUCGCCCAAACUGUCCACCACGAACCUCUCCGCGCGGAAUAUCAGCCUUUUGACCUAUCAAGGAACGCGCGUAGCUCUCGAAUACGCCGAUGUCAUCCACAAGGCAUGUGAGACUGUCGUUGAUAAUACUCAGAGUCUGCUAAAGGAUAGCGACCGCGAGUUCAUUAGCACUUUCAUCAUGGAGCCAGCACGAACUAUUGGAGUCGACAUCGCUUACGUCUUCGAGCAGCUGUACGCUUUCCGGAUGCACAGGUGUGAAGGUGGAAAUCAUCACAAGACAUUACUCUACACUAAGCCGUCCUUCUGGACUCGGGGUCGCGGUCUCCUGCCGGGGAAAUUGGGUAUGGAUAAGAGUCAAAAGUUACUUGCACGUCGACUCGUCUCAGACGACAUGGUCGUUGCACAGCUUGGGACAAGGUCGUGCGAAGCGCUUCGGCUAGUGCUCGGCAAGGCGAUCAAAGAUUACAAUCGCAAGCAUUGCAAAUACGGCAUGGCCAAAAUCAACCGAGAGGUCUAUGCAGAGCCAAAGUUUAUCGCUUUGAAGAAAGAGCUCAAAUGGAGAGAUUUCGUCUUUACAAAACACCUCCACGAUGAACAGCAGGCUGCGAUGGCGAGACUAGUAGCCGAUUUCUUGAUGUACCGCGACGAAACAGCGAGCACCUACGCAGACCAAGCUCUCUUCACGAUCUACCCAGCAUACGCGAACGGCCUGAGAGGCCCCCGAGGCCACUGUCUACCUCCAACAUACGCCUAG